CUCUUACAGUUAUUUGCAUUGUUUGCAAUAACCUUUCAAAAUGUUAAGAAUCCUCAUUACUGCUUUAUGUUUUUCAUUUCAAUUAGGGUGUUCUCUAUACCCUCUUCUGGUUCCUCACCCCCUCAGCCUGUGCAGUUAGAACAGAUUAUGUGUAUCAGUAAAGGUUUUACAAAGUGAGUCGUGACUUGGUGUUGGCCACACUUGGUGAAGUUUGUCUUUAAUCAAACGCACACCUCCUGUAUGCACUGCAUUUCUUCUGGAUAUUUUUUGUUAAUAUAAGCCAUGAUGUUUUCUUUCUCUUUUCUCUUGAGGACGAGUUAGUCCUUUCACAUAGAGCAACCCUCAGCAUGGCAUACCUUUCUCUCUGAUCUUUUCCAAGGCUUCAUUUCACCGUGGCUCCACCUCUGGCUUGCUGGCUCUCUCAGUUCUCCAUUGCUGAGUUUUUCUUUGUCCGGUUUCCCAUCUACGUGUUUUGGUUACAUUUCAGUGCUCUGAACGAGUGGUUUUGAGAGCAGUUGGAGGCACGGCGUGCACCACUUCCUGCCUCUGCAGUCCCUGUGGCUGUCACGCAGCUCGCCUGGUCACCAUCUGCAGCAGGCUCGAACGUGGGACGUGCCACCACAGCCGGGCUGCCCUCUGCUUCUGAGAAGGCGUUUGAGUUUGCAGUUCCUGGUUUGCAGGACCCCUUGCAGAGAAGGUUGAGAUGGUCCCUCAGCUGCCACAAAGAGCAAAAUGUGUGGAGUAGCUUUGUGUGGGUGCUCUGUUGUCUCUUUAUUUCCUUUCAUGGGGAGGGAAAGACCAGUUUGAGCCUGGCUUGGUUUCCAGUGUGCGUUGCAUCAUGUGCCCGUUGGACUGACAGGUAAAAAGGCAAGUUGAGACUGAAGAGUGGUUUCUGACAGCCAGCUUACCUUGUAUAGAUGUUGACCUGGGGCCAUUGUACAGAAGUCUACCCUGUGAAGUUUUUGAAGUUCUGCAUUCAGAAUUCAUAUCUGAAAACCUUGGCUGUAGGACUUUGAGAUACAUGUGCUAAUUUAUAUUCUAGCAGCUCUGAUUGACAUGUAUGCUGGUUAUGUUUAUUAGUUUACUAGUCUUGUAAAUCUAGUGGUGAGCACAUGGAAUUAUGGAUGUUUUCACUGUUUCAAUAUUCAUAAGUAGUUACCAGCAGAGAUCUCCAGACAGGAAGCUGUACCACAGACUGGCAGAAUAGGAAGAUCUAGAGAGAAAAGAGAUGGCAGUUCCUCCCUACAUUUAAGUAGGCUUUGGGUUUUGUGCUCAUGAUUUAACAGAUACCUUUUUCUUUAUGCAGGGCUGUAAUCGAAGUACAAGAUGGCAAAAACCAGCCAUAGCAACUAUGUCCUUCAGCAGCUAAACAAGCAAAGAGAGUGGGGCUUUCUGUGCGACUGCUGCAUCGCUAUCGAUGAUAUUUAUUUUCAAGCACAUAAAGCAGUCCUUGCUGCCUGCAGCGCCUAUUUUAGGAUGUUUUUUAUGAACCAUCAAAACACUACAGCCCAGCUGAAUCUAAGCAACAUGAAGAUUAGCGCUGAAUGCUUUGAUCUUAUUUUACAGUUCAUGUAUUUAGGAAAAAUUAUGACAGCCCCUGCCAAUUUUGAGCAAUUCAAAGUGGCCAUGAACUAUUUACAGCUGUAUAACGUACCUGAGUGUCUAGAAGAUAUACAGGAUACAGACUCAUCUAGUUUAAAAUGUUCAUCUCCUGCUUCUAGCACCCAGACUAAUAAAAUGAUAUUUGGUGUGAGAAUGUAUGAGGACGCACUUGCUAGAAAUGGCAGUGAAGCAAACAGGUGGGGCAUGGAGCCGCCAAGUUCAACGGUAAAUACAUCCCAUAACAAAGAGCCUGAGGAAGAAACUUUGCAGCUCAACAGCUUCCCCGAGCAACUGUUUGAUGUCUGCAAAAAAAGCACCACGUCCAAAUUCUCUCACACGAAAGAGCGCGUGUCACACUCGCGCCGGUUUGGAAGGAGCUUCACCUGCGACAGCUGCGGGUUUAGUUUUAGCUGUGAAAAGCUACUGGAUGAACACGUGUUAACGUGCACCAACAGGCAUUCCUACCAAAGUGCCAGGUACUACAGUGCUGAGAAAAUAGACUUUAGUGAAAAGAACUCUACUGCUAAAAUGAUCUCCACACAAACAGAAAAAUACAAGGGGGACUCGAAUCACGCUGCGGACGAUUCGUCAUCUCCCGUGUCAAACAUCACAAGCAGAAAAAGCAGCGUGGUUGCCUCUGAGACAUCAGGUGAAGAAGGAAGUAGAGCCUCUGAGAGGAAGAGGAUUAUCAUCAAGGUGGAGCCAGAGGACAAUCCUACAGAUGAGCUGAAGGAUUUUAAUAUUAUCAAGGUGGCAGAUAAAGACUGCAAUGAGUCUUCUGACAAUGACGACCUAGAUGAUGAACAGGAAGAGCCGCUUUACAGAUAUUACGUCGAGGAAGAGAUGAGAGAGAAGAGGAAUGCUCGGAAGACUCUAAAGCCUCGUUUGUCCAUGGAUGAGGAUGAAAGAAAAUGUUUGAAAAGUCCACGGCACCUUAACAGCAAGGCUCCUUCAGUGCAGGAAGAUGCGGAGAAUGCUCCCUGUGAACUUUGUGGGCUAACAAUCACUGAGGAAGAUUUGUCCUCUCAUUAUUUAUCCAAACACAUAGAAAAUAUAUGUGCUUGUGGCAAGUGUGGUCAAAUACUCGUCAAAGGCAAGCAGCUGCAGGAUCAUGCACAGACCUGUGGAGAACCCCAGGAUCUGACCAUGAAUGGGGUCAGAAAUUCUGAGGAGAAAAUGGACUUGGAAGAAAACCCCGAGGAGCAGUCAGAAAUAAGGGACAUGAUGUUUGCAGAGAUGCUAGAGGACUUCAGGGACAGUCACUUCCCAAUUAACAGCCUUCAAAAAAACCAGUUAUACAAGCAUUCUUCCUGUCCUUUCCGAUGCCCUAAUUGUGGCCAGCGUUUUGAUACUGAAAACCUAGUGGUUGAACAUAUGUCAAACUGCCUGGAGCAAGAUCUGUUCAAGAACUCCAUGUUGGAAGAGAACGAGAGGGAUCACAGACGUAAACAUUUCUGCAACCUUUGCGGGAAAGGAUUUUAUCAGCGUUGCCACUUGCGGGAACACUAUACCGUUCAUACCAAGGAAAAACAGUUUGUUUGUCAGACAUGUGGGAAGCAGUUCUUAAGAGAGCGCCAGUUGCGGCUCCACAAUGAUAUGCACAAAGGCAUGGCCAGUAGUGAAAUAGGGACUUCUAAGCUUCUGAACAACUGAGAGAACCAGAUUUGGAGAAGACAUGAGGAAGAACUGGUCGACAAAAGAUUUCAUAAAAACUCAGAACCUCGUGUGCCAGAUCUGAAUUGGCACCACCUUUGCUUUUUUGACAUACUGCAGCAGUCGCAAAAGGCACCAAAGCAGUCAAAUUAGAACAUGCAGUAAAAGUUGUUUUGGACUCUUCUAUGUAUUAGAAAUCCUACUUCCUUGUGACUAUUACUUACAGCUGUAAAAAACAAAUUCCAAGUCUUUCAUGGAGCAGACAGCCAAAAGAGGCAGAUGCCAGGUGUUAAGGGCUGCACUGAAAUGAAUUUGCAAAAUUUCUAUUCACAUGCUGGAGUGCUCCUUUCUUGAAAUGAGGCUUCUUAGAGUUGCUGUCAAAAACUCUGUAGAUUUUUUAGUUCAAACAUUACAAGCGUAUACUCAUGCACAAUGCUAAACUAUCAAGUGUUUAAAAAAAAAAAAAAAAAGAGUAAGAGGUGAAAAAAAGGAAUCUUAAAAACUGAGGACUGAGGGUCCCUGAGGAAGGACAGGAUGGUGAGAGAUCCAGCUGACUUGAUUUCCCCUGCUGCCAUGAUCAUCAUUUGCAAGCUGAAGAGGACCUUCCAUGGAGCACUGUGCUUGUAUGUGGAGAGUAAAGAAAUGGUGCUCUGGUCUUUUAAAAAGAAUGGUGAAAAUUUUUUACCAACAAGGAGAUGAGUAAAUGUGAAAUAAUCUUCACAGGGCACAGGGUGCACCUUGUUCUGGAGCUAAGCCUUGCAAAAGCUGGCUUGGAGAAUCAGGCAUUCAUGUUCAGAUUUGAGCAUUUUAGGAAUGCUAAUGUUUCCAGCUAAAUUAAUGGAGGGGAGGCGGAAAACCUUAACCAAAAAAGCAAUAAGGCAGUAAAUUUUCCAAAUUAGGGCAAGCAUGAAUUAUAAAAAUAAUUUCUUCUGCUUCCCCUCAGACAACAGUGGAUCAAAUUAAGACAUGUAAACAGACUAAACAUGCUGAUUAUAUUCUGCUGUAGUUACGUAUCUUACUAAUUCUACUCAUGAUUAUAAAAGGAUGUUUCAUUGUUCACUAUAACUGUUAUCUCAAGAGGAGUCUGUCUAUAAUUUUAUUUAUAAUUGGCAUCAUUUUCAUUACUGUUGUUACAAAGUGUGUACAAUAUUGUCUGUAUUGCAGCUUGUAUAGGGCAUGUGUCUGUGCUUGCUUUACUCUUUUUGAGUUUAUAAAGUUACUAUACAAAUGCAAGAAAAGAUGUUCAGAUAUCUUUGAAUGUGGUUGCUCAAUCUAAUUAAGUAGCCCCCAGUGUUUCAGCAUAUAAAUGUUGAAGGUGUCAGCCCUAUUAACACAUAACACCUUAAACAUAAAUGUAGGUAUUUGAAAAGCCUCCAGUGCAGCACUGGAAUGCUGACACUUCAGUCCCAGUGGCUGUAUGAAGUGAAGGGGAGGAUGGUGAAUAUCAAAGCUGGAUAGCUCUGGGGACUCUUCAGGGAGAAGGCACAAGAUAUCUGAGAGCAAAUGAGAUGUCCUUUCUAUAGAAAACAUGAAGGACCUUAAGAGUAGGACCACCACAAAGCAGAGGAGAGAAGGGAAUACAUUUAUAGCAUCGCCUUCAACAGUAUACAAAGCGUAGGAUAUCUAGAACAGGCUGCAACUGUUCUGUAAUUUAGCUAUUCCAGUCUAUGCAGAGUAUCAGUAAAGACAUUCCAGGUUAGUUAUCAUCAUCUUUAAAGCUUAUUCUGUGCUUUGCAACAGUAUCUUUAAUAAAAUACUCUUACAAA